CUUGGAGGCCUUCCCUGCGCGCCCCCUGCCCGGGCUUUUCAGGACUCCCAGGGGGCGGGGCCACACCCAGCAGCACUGCGCUUUCGCGGAAUCACAGUUGUCACUGGGGAAGGGGCCUAGGAACCCAGGCAUCAAGUUCCCCCAUUUCCCAGCUGGGGCAACUGAGGCCUAGAGAGCUGAGUCUCCCCAAAGUCGCUCACUAGAGGCAGAGCCGUAACUAAAAUCAAUGGCUCCCGACUCCUGGUUCCUUUCCUCCAAGCAGUUCUCCAGCACUCACUGUGUGCCCCCCUGUGCUGGGUUAUUGGGUCCAGAGUCAUGUAGGGCCCAGACUCUGCCCUCAGGAAGCGUUCAGCAACCGAAGACCCAAACCUGACCCCAGGCAGAAGGUGCUAAGUCCUGGGUAAGGGCGCGGGGCGGGGCUCGGAGACAGGAGUUUGAUCUCCUGGUCCUUCACGAGGGAUCGCAGGCUUUUGAAGGAUGGGGGCGGUUUUCUGAAGUCAGAGACUAGGGGACAAGGAACGAGGGCAUGUGUCGUUGGGACCUGCAGAGGCAGGGAAGACUCAAGUGUGGACAGUGGAGAUGAAGCGGUGAGAUCAUUGUGGAAACAGAACAGAGGACGGAAUCCAGUCACCUGAUUCCAGUUCAGUGCUUUUGCCGUUGUUCUACAGGGCAUUCGUUGGAGGGAAGAUAUUUUUCCUCAGCUGACACUACCGUUACAGUUUGCUGACCCUUGUGUCCACUGAUCAUUCCAAGAACGAGCUGUCCAAGAUUGAACAAUGUCUCACCCAUCUUGGCUGCCACCAAAAAGCACUGCUGAGCCUCUUGGCCACGUGUCUGCACGGAUGGAGACCACCCAUUCCUUUGGGACCCCCAGCAUUUCAGUGUCCACACAGCAACCACCCAAGAAGUUUGCCCCAGUCGUUGCUCCAAAGCCCAAGUACAACCCAUACAAGCAACCUGGUGGUGAAGGUGAUUUUCUUCCACCCCCACCUCCACCUCUUGAUGAUUCCAGUGCUAUUCCAUCAGGCUCCGGAAACUUCCCUCCUCCCCCGCCCCUUGAUGAUGGUGCUUUCAGGGGACAGGGAAAUCCUGGAGGCAAGACCCUUGAGGAGAGACGCUCCAGCCUGGAUGCUGAGAUUGACUCUCUGACUAGCAUCUUGGCUGACCUGGAGUGCAGUUCCCCUUACAAGCCUCGGCCCCCACAGGGUACUACUAGUUCAACAGCUUCUCCUCCAGUCUCCACCCCUGUCACGGGACAUAAAAGGAUGGUCAUACCAAACCAACCCCCUCUGACAGCAACUAAGAAGUCUACACUGAAGCCACAGCCUGCACCCCAGGCUGGACCAAUCCCUGUGGCUCCAAUUGGAACACUAAAACCCCAGCCUCAGCCUGUCCCAGCUUCUUACACUACAGCAUCCACCCCUUCAAGACCUACCUUCAAUGUGCAGGUGAAGUCAGCCCAGCCCAGCUCUCACUACAUGGCUGCUCCUUCACCAGGACAAUUUUAUGGUUCAGGGCCAGGGGCCCAAGGUUAUAACACUCAACCAGUUCCUAUCUCCGGGCAAGGUCCCCCUCCUUCUACACGGGGAGGCAUGGAUUAUGCAUAUGUUCCACCACCAGGACUUCAGCCUGAACCUGGGUAUGGGUAUGCCCCCAACCAAGGGCGCUAUUAUGAACCCUAUUGCCCAGUGGGGCCUGGCUAUGGGGGCAAAAAUGACUCUGAUCCUUCCUAUGGUCAACAAGGCCAUCCAAAUACCUGGAAGCGGGAACAAGGGUAUACUCCUUCUGGCCCUGGGAACCAGAACCCUGCUGGGAUGUAUCCAGUUGCUGGUCCCAAGAAGACCUACAUCACAGAUCCUGUUCCAGGCCCCUGUGCACCACCCCUGCAACCAAAGGGUGGACAAACAGGGUCCAUGGGACCUCCAGUGGCACCCUCCUCAUUCCGCCCUGAAGAUGAGCUCGAGCAUCUGACCAAGAAGAUGCUAUAUGACAUGGAAAAUCCACCUGCUGAUGAAUACUUUGGCCGCUGUGCUCGCUGUGGGGAAAAUGUAGUUGGGGAAGGGACAGGAUGCACUGCUAUGGAUCAGGUCUUCCACGUGGAUUGUUUUACCUGCAUCAUCUGUAACAACAAGCUCCGAGGGCAGCCCUUCUACGCGGUGGAGAAGAAAGCCUACUGCGAGCCCUGCUACAUCAACACCCUGGAGCAAUGCAGCGUUUGCUCCAAGCCCAUCAUGGAGCGGAUUCUCCGAGCCACAGGGAAGGCCUAUCAUCCUCACUGCUUUACCUGUGUCAUGUGCCACCGCAGCCUGGAUGGGAUCCCGUUCACCGUGGACGCUGGUGGCCUCAUCCACUGCAUUGAGGACUUCCACAAGAAAUUUGCUCCCCGCUGUUCUGUGUGCAAGGAGCCUAUCAUGCCUGCCCCUGGCCAGGAGGAGACUGUCCGGAUUGUGGCUCUGGAUCGUGAUUUCCAUGUUCACUGCUACCGGUGUGAGGAUUGUGGUGGUCUCCUGUCUGAAGGAGAUAACCAAGGCUGCUACCCACUAGAUGGACACAUCCUCUGCAAGACCUGCAAUUCUGCCCGCAUCAGGGUGUUGACCGCCAAGGCCAGCACUGACCUUUAAAUCCAGUCGCCUGUUUAGCGGUUAGUGGGUGGCUCCAAGAAGGAUGAAACACAAGAAAAAUAUGAAAAGAGAAAUAGGAAAAGAGAGGAAAGGCAAUCAAGCUAUGGGAUGGUCUCUACUUCAUCCACUAUUAACCUUUCUUUAGAAACACCUAGAAUAUGAGAUUUUUUUGAGUUCUUACAAUACACAUUUCACAGUUAAUCAUGUAGAACCUUGAUAGGCCUUUGUUCCCAAGGACUUGCACAUUUUUGCACGGAUUAUGCUCCAUCCCAUUCACUUCUGCAUUCCUUUAACUUUUAAUCCCUAUGUUUGUCUCACUUUUCAUCUGGUUGAAUGGCUUUUUUUAGUGUGGUAUUUGCUGUCACACAGUUUUUCCUGGGGAAGUCUGCCAACUCCCAGGUGCUUUUCAGCUUGAAGGCUCCAUCCUAUCACUUCCACAUUGCCAGCGAUCAUAAAAGAUAGUCAUUCAUUUUCUGUGUAUUGAAAAAAAUAGUCUUUUAUUGCUCUAAACUAGUCAUAUCCCUUGGGAAAAAAUGCACAAUUAUAUGUCAGAUUAUAAAGAAUUUAAACUGUAAAUUACAUAGAUUAAAAGAAGCUGAAUUUGCAGCCAUCCAAAUUCAAAAUCUAUAAUGACCAGUGGUGGGGCUCAUUUGAAAAUAGGUAUUGGUGAGAGAGAACCAAACCUCAAUAUUUUUCCUGCAGAAAUUACAGAUGGGGUAUACUGGAUAAAGCAUUUUGGGGUUAUAUUUAAAAAGGCAUUAUUAUGCCUCAAAUAUUAAAUUUUUUCUUUUUCCAUGCUACCUGGAUAUAAUAAUAUGGACAAAUUUGGUUUUCUCUAGAAUAUAACUUCCAAUACUGUUCCACUUUUCAUAUCAGAUAUAUUGCAACAUUUUGUUUGUUUGUUUGCUUUGGGAGGGAGGACAUACAAACACAACUGCCAAAAUUGUGUAGUUGUGUUCCUCUAGAGGAAGAUAUCUAUAAAGAAAUGUUUAAUUUUUUUUUUCCAGGCCCAGGUCCAUUUUACCUGACAGUUGCAAAUCAGGGCACAUAAAAUUGUCUUAGUUUUGUUUAGUUUACCUUAAAAAGACAGGAAACUUGAAAAGAUUGUGGAACCACAGUUUCAUUAUUCUUAUAAUUCGUCUGCAACUCAAAAUACAUAUUGCAGGAGACAUUUUCAUAUAAUUGAUAUGACAUUUACACCACACUUUCAUAGACAAUCGCUGAAAAGAAAUUGCCUUUUUGAACUAAAGAUAUGCAGAGCCUGGGAUCUUUAGUCAGAUUCUUUUGGGGCAGUGAAAUGUUUGCCUGCUAACUGCAGAACCAUAUACAUUGCUUUUUUAUGUCCUAACAUGUUUCCUUUAAGGAACAACCCUGCUCUUAGUAGCAGGUUACCAUCUUGUAAAUUAAAUAUUUUGGAUUAAGAUUUGUUCAAAUGUUUUUUAAGAUUAGGUCAACCUUCUUAAAAACUUUCUGCAAGUAUAUACUUUUAAAUUACAAAGUAUUUUAAAUAUAACAAAAAUAUAGAUAAUAAUAUAAUGGAUCUCUGUAAUACCCAGUUUAAGAAAUCAAAUAUAACAAAUAUAGCUACAUUCCCCUGUAUACCCUUCCCUGAUUCCACAGAGAUCUGUUUCAUGAUUAGAAGGUGAUAAACUCUUCUAGUCUGACUUUUGUUUUUAAUUUUAACACUCAGAAACGAGAAAUUAUUUGUGAAUGUUUUGCAUUGCAAUCCAGACCUCAAGCAUCCCAAUUAAAUUUAUUUUGCUUUAGUAGGAAUAAUCAUAAAGGUGGUUCUUUUUUUUUUUUUUCAAUAAGAUAUCCUUAAGCCUAUGGCUCUUAUAAGUCAGCCUGUGGCUCAUUUGCUUUGGUUACCAAACAGUUUUGUUUUAGAACCACCACAGUUAGAGCUUUUCAAAGGGUCCUUUGACCACUGUACUUUCCUCACCUUGUUUCCCUUGUCCUUGACCUCACAUUUCUCAUAAUGUGAAAUGCAAGAGGUCCAGCAGCAUGUGGAUUUUAAGAUACAAUGACAACUGUAUCACUGAAUUUCUGUCUUCCAAAUGAAAGGAGACCAUGCUGAUGACCUCAAAGAGUACUGACUAUUAGACAAUUGGGGUGAUACUAUCUAUAAUCAGCUUGAAUUGCUUCAGCCAUUUGUCUUCUAUGAAAUACUUGGGGAAAAAUUAUCUUUUGGUCAAAAGGAAAGAGCCCAACUUAUUGAGGGGUGGAGUUUAUCUCUUGAAAUUCAGUCUUAUGAAUUUUGCCAAAAGAGGGAGGAAUUAUGAAAUAUUUAUACUAUAAAAAUGCAGUAACAUUCUACUUGUUGGUUACAUUUAAGUUCUUAUGUAACUGAAUGUUUACAUGCCAAGAAAAAAGAGUUAUAAGAAAAGGCUGUUACAGGCCCCUCACUGUGACACUGCCAGAAUAGUGCUUGCUUACAAUCUUUAUAGUGCGUUUUUAUCACGUAACCUCAGAGUAUCUUUACCAAAGAUUUUUAAAGUAAAUCUCUUUUUUAAUACAGACUUAUCAUACUUUUAUAAUAAUGAAUGUGCACACCUACAUAUACAGAAUAUUUAGAUUUAGAUUUUUUUCUUUCACAAGGUAUAAUAAGGAAAGGAUCUUAAAAUAUUUUAUUUCAGGAUUUCUUAAUUAUAUGAUUUAUACUGCUUUCUUGUUUUCUAUUAAUCAUUUGGUAUCAGCAAUGCCAAAUCACUCUUUACUGUUUUAGCUACAUGAAAUGAUGCCUAUAACAGAUAUAAAGAUCUAGUGCCUUAAGGAUGAUAAUUCUACUGUCUUAUGAUAUCUUGUCUUGAUUGUUAUCAUUUAAAUACAUAGAUAAUAGAAAAAAUCAUAGAGUCUAUAAGAGAAAGUUUGUAAAAAUAAACUAAAAAAAUACUGGUUUUAAAAAAAUUGUCAUGAACAGGAAUAUUUGGUAAUUCCAUGUAACAUGAGAGACAUGGAAAAGGAGAAAAAACCCACGAUGUCCUGGGCUCUGCAGAUCACUUCAUGGUUAGAUUUCUCCAUCGCCUGGAUCCCCGGCUCAUACUGACUCAGUGUGGAGUCUCAUCUGUGAACAGAUUGGCCUUUAAAACUCAAAAUAAGUCAUGUGUUCCAGCAAAAUGCAUCAAAGCUUUGAGAUCCUGGACAUCUCUGCAGCUCAAUGAUGUGGGUUCUUUUUCCUUUCAUUAAAAAAUUGUUUUUACCAGAGCAACUUCUCGGAUCAAAAUGACUUUAUUGUGUGUAUGCUGAUGAAUACAGUGGAGAUAUCAACACUAGAACUGUUUCCUCACUAAGAUUCUGCAGAGAUGUUUGCAAUAAUGUUUCAAGUAUAUAAAAUUCUAAUUGCAUUUAAACAAGUAUUUUGUAUUUGGGUUCAGGGGAAGGAAGAGAGCAUUUUACCAUGGGUCUGUCGUAGAGGGUUUAUGGAAUAUAGACAGGACUCUGAAAACACAACUCCCAACAGUUUUCCUAGUUAAUAAUAAUCCUAUUAAUGUGAACCAGCCAGGAGUAACAGUGUUAUUUCUAUUUGAUAUGGUUUAGGCUUCUCUUGUCAAAUCUGCAUUGGGGCUGCCCCUUGAUCCCUCCAUUAUCGAGUUUUGAAGGGUGUUGGGGAAACUAUGGCAGCUGCUAGGAAGAUCAGGGAAACACUGAUGUAACCUCACAGCCUCUCACCAUUUCUCUUGGCUUGGAAUGGCUUUUUUUCCAUAUACAUUUCUAGAAAUAUUGCUAUGCUACCUUAGUAUUUCACAUUUGUAGUUUAAACAAGCGAUUGUCCAUCUGUUGCCUGGAGCUUCAGUACAUGUGUGUUAUGAAUGAAAUAUGACAGCAUGUUCCAUACCCUGCUUUAGCCAUCUGUAGGAAACCAGGAGGCUGGAAAAGAUAUACCUCUGCAAAAUGUGCCUCAAGUUCAUUUCCUAAGAUCGCUCUUUUGGUGCACUUUCACAGGAGACAAUCAGAGAGCAACACGUAUUUGUGCCUUAUUUUUAAAGAAAAUUUUACACUACUAUGAAUGCUCCUCUGAAGAGUCUUCACAUAAAUAACCCUCCCAAAUCUCAAAGAUGUACUCAUUGAAAAGUCAAAAUCCAGAGAAAUCUGAACUCUUCAUCUUAAUGUAUUCUAGCAGUAUUUCUGUUCUCACCAUCUCUUGGAAGUACCUUACGGAUUCCUAAGUUAGGACAACAUUGUUAAGCAUUCUUAUGCUACAAGGUGAUGUCUUAGGUGUUGUUAGUGAGUAAGUGGUUUUAUUUAGUGGUCUUACUCUAGUUUUAGUCAGCUAAUGAAGACAUACUUCCACUUGAGCCUUUAAUAUCUAUUCAGCAUACUGCUUUUAAUUGCCACGGUCUUUUGGUUUGUUUUUUAUUUUUUUAAUUUAAUAAUAUACAGAAUUAGUUGAGGAUCUUGGUUCUGAGUCAUUAUUAUGGUGCAAUCAUGGAUAUAUCAGGUCAAGUUAUUUCCUUGACAGGUAACUUUUCUCAUGAGGCUAUCAUUUGCUGUGUGCUCUGCUGUGUUCAGUUGCUCAGUCAUGUCCAACUCUUUGUGCUCCUAUGGACUAUAGUCCUCUAGGCUCCUCUGUCCAUGGAAUUUUCCAGGUAAGAAUACUAAAGUGGAUUGCCAUUUCCUCCUCCUCCUUCCUGACCCAGGGAUCGAACUGGUGUCUCUCCUGUCUCUCCUGCGUUGGCGGGUGGAUUCUUUAUCACUGUGUCACCUGGGAAGCCUGGCUGUUGUUUAGUUCACUUAUGAUUUCAGCCUUUAAAAAGUGAUCUGAUUAAAGCUGUGUGGCCUGGUGAGAGUUCUCUCUCCCUCUCCCCCUCCCUCCUUGUCUCGUUCUUAUUCCUUAACAUUUCUACUCAUUAAUGUUAUCCUGAUUGGACUUUUCAUAAAUAAAUUAAAUCAGUGCAUUACAAUCCUUAUGGAAUUAUGAUCAUAUUAGGAGAAGAAUUGUACCACAAAAUAUAUGCAGCAUCCAUAAAUCCUUCCUUUAGAAAGGCAUAUUUUUCCAGACUGUGUUUAUUCAUAAAGUGAGGUGAGAUAAUAGUCUUUCGGUUUUAUUUUAAUGAGUUUUCAUCAGGGAUUCAGAUCACAGAGUUCUUGGCAAAUUCAUUUAUGACUGGCCUACUUUUCUCAGCUAUAGGCAAAGUGAUCUUUCUAAGACUAGCUUAAGGUGUUUUUUUUUUUUUAAUCCAAAGCAUUUUGACCAACAAGACAAUCGUGUUCUUAAGUGAUGGUAUGUUAUUUUAGAUCAAUGAAACUUGAGAAUUUUUCUUAUUAUCCUUCUGGAAUUUUUACACAUAUCAGCAUUUUUUCCCAUGACAAUCAUAUUAAACCCUAAUACUUGAGUCACAGUAUUUUACAGGGAGUAGGUCAGCAACAGAGUUUUUCCUGAAGCACAUGUUACAGACCUGUAGUCUGUUUAUAAAAAUCAACCUGAAAAGAACAAUCUGGAUUUCUCAGUAACACAUUUUCUUAAAAUUUGAGUCUGAGAUUCUUUUGAACUCUGUCUAAUACUGAUCAAAAAUAUGCCCUCUGUGUCUGUUUUUAUGAAUUUGUUUGGAAAAAGCUUAUAAUUCUAGGAAUGGAUUUCCAUUUUUUAUUUCUGUCCUUAACAUUGUCUACAAGUUGACCUUGAUUUUCCUUUUUGGGGGGGUCACAUAUGAGAAAAGUGAAAGCAUCUCUAAUACAUACAUAACUCAAUACAGAAAUGAAUUUGCCCAGUUUUAACAAUAGUCACAGUGAAUAUAUUGUUUUGAUAAAUAGACAGAAAGUUUUUUUGCUUGUUUGUUUAUUUUUUAAUCUGUCUCCAAGAAGAGAGGAAUGCGGAGGGAAGGAAGAAUUUGAGAGAAGGGGAAGGUCACAAUUAAAACACUGAGGAUUCUUAUAGAGUGUAACUCAGAAUUUUCACAGAGGUUUUAAGGAUUGGCAAUUGUAGCUUUUUAAACAAGUAAAAUAUAUUUCUAAGUUUAUGAGGUGUUUAAAAAUCACUAUGACUAACACUGUAUUUUUCCCUUGUCAAAAGAGAAUUAAAAGGAGAGCUGUUUUUUAGCCCUGUGGCAUGGCCAUAACCACACAAGACUCUAUAAUAUAUGUCACUUCACCCCUUUGCAAGAGGGCCUAGCUCACUCUCCUGUGACAGAUGGCGAUGCCUAUUCUUACAUAGUCUUAGGCAAGCUGCACUAAACCCUAAACAUCUCUGAAGGUUAGAGGUUUCUGUUUUCACACACGAGUAUCUCAUCCUUUCCAGUGUAGGUACCUGGUGAGCAUAGUAAACAGGAGUGGCCUUGGUCUGUGGUUCUCUCGUUCAAAUCCAAUCAUGCACUUUCUAUAAUGCCCUGCCUAAACAGCUAUACUGGAAUUGAUUUGUACCUUUUCUCCUUUUUAGUUGCAAGCACAGAAAACUAGCUUUAUAUUACUUAGUUCAAAGAAGAAUAAAUAUAAAUGGCACAUUUUCCCAUCAAUAUAGAAAGGAAAGGCCCUUACCCCCUUUCCUAUCUUACUUUCCUGGCCCCUGUGCAAAAAAGUUGUAGACACUAUUUUUGUUAUCCAACAUACAUGUGGCUUAUUUCAUGGAAAGUUGUGUGGAAGAUACAUUUUAUUAAAUUCAUUGACUUUUCUCCCAUGAAGUUACAAAAAAGAAAUUGCUAAAAGCUUAUUGCUUUAUUUCUGGUUGUUGUGUAAUUUACAAGAGUUUCGAACCACCCUAAUAAAUAUCUCUCAUUCUAACUGUUGUUAUAAACACAAGUUUUGAAACAUUCUAUAAGCAAAAGUUAGAUAUACUAGAAAGAAGAGAGAAACGCAUGAGUCCUUUGUAAUACUUUAAGAUGGUUGCAUUAAUCCUUAUCCACUGUGUGCUUGCUACUUUUUCCAAUAAACUCAUUCACUUACGGGCAAGUGGAAACAUCAUUCACCUACCUUUGCUAGACAUUGACCUAAUAGACCCAAACAGAAGUCUUAUUAAAUGACACACACAUGCUACACAAAACUGUAGCUUCUAAAUUCAGUUUUCAACCCCAAGAGUAGAAUGAUCUACCAAGAGUGACACAGAUUUCGCUGUGCCAUCUUCUGUUCUACACCAGGGUAGAGGGCUAUAGUCGACCCCAAGCCUCAGCACUGUUCCUAGACAUAGGCUCAUGGGUCUUUUAAGGAUCCGAAUCUCCUAUUAUUUUCCCAACAAGUCACCAUUCCACAUCUUUUUAGAGCUCGCUAGUUUGCAGUACUAUUCAUGGCAGCCCUUGUACUAUUGGGGCAGCUUUUUUCUUCCAAAGUUCUUCCUCAUAUUAAACAAAAUUCGGGCUCUGGAGCCAUGCACAGGAAGUCUAAGGUCCAUAUCUUUGCCUUUAGGUCAGAUAUCACUCUUUCAACUUUUCCUCAUUUAUCAACAUAGUAUCAAGUUCAAUCAUCCACUUGCUUCUCCUUUGAACAGUUAGACCCAACAAUAUUUUCUAAUUUUAUUUCAGUCUACUAAGUGAAAUGUAGCCAGCUCUUUCGGUCAGGCUAGGUAAAAACACCCUCUUCAGGGUUGAAAGUAAAUGGGAUUGGAAUCAUUGAAAAGGAAACUGGUAUUCGAUGUGGAAAUUUCCCCCAAGGACUCAGACCCAGGAAAGUGAAAACUGGAUGAGGUUAGAUAUCCCUUGUGUGUAAAACAGUCCUCUCACUCUGUGUAACUUCACUGUUUUUGAUGUUACCAAAGUCAAUAUAGGGAGUGAGCUAGUAUUUACACAUCAUCCAUUAGAUUCCCACUUCUUGGUCCAUGUUCAUAAAUUCUCUUCAACCCUUUCAUUUCAUCCUUGUCUUCUCAAGAAUUAAACAUUUCUUGUCCAUGUUCCCAUACUGAAUAUGCAAAAAGAGUUCUGGACUCUUUAUAGGCUCCACAUAAAUAUUUCUGGCUAGUUUGGUUUUUGAGAUUUGCUUGCAUUUUUCUGGGCUCAAAUGUUAGUACCUAGAGAUGUUACACUCUUGAUGAAGUGAGCAGCUUCACCACUCAAUCAUUUAAGAACUACCCUGAGGAGUCCAUGUUUUCUCUAUACUUUUGUCUUUCUAACAAAUUCAUCUCUUGCUCAUACCCUCCAUUUAAUUAUCACUUUAAGAGAAUCAGCCCCUAAGUAACUCUAAUUGAAAGUCAACUGCAAUAAAAUCAGAUAGGUUCAGUCUGCACGCCAUAGGAAGUGAUAUAGCUUCAGGAAAAGUAAUUCUUUUCCUGUUAGGAAAGAAUUAGUUAGAAAGAAUUAGUGAUUCUUUUCAGUUAGGUCUUCAUGGAAGAGUGAACUUGAGCAAUCUUGAUUCAUUGGCUUGAUUUAGAAGUUUAGAGAAGAGUAUGUAAAGUACCAGAAACAAAAGGAAAGCAUAGCUUAUGUUCAGAGAAGAUCCUCUACUUUAAGUAUAACACAUUCUAGAAUGUCCUUCACAGAAGAAAAGGUUUCCAGGUAUUCAGGGUCAGUGAGACGGGAAAGACAUAGAGCAAGAUUGAUUCAGUUUGCUUUUUCAUCUCUAUGUAAUUUUAAGAUAGGAAAAGUUGUCAAAAUAUAAUCCAGCACAGACAGUAUGAACAGGAAUCUUUUUUGGUAAUGUACAAAAUGUACAUUUUCAUUGGUUCUUAGCUACAUAAUCUACUCUUGCACCAAGCACCCCUAUCUUCUGAGCCUCUUUAGUAUGACAAGCAGGACACCUCUGUUUUCCUGUUGCUUCUAGAUCCAUGAUUGUAAAGGACUCCACAUUUAUCUAUUCCACUUGGUGUUAAAAUUCCCUCAUGUAUGUACUGAUAAGUGAAAAUACAGGCUCUGCUUGAGCAUCACCUGCACCAGGGAGCUCUUAUUUCUUAAGCUCUUCCAUUUCCUCCAUUGUACUUUGUUCCAAGCUCCCAGAACCAGUCUUUGGGGCUUAGGUGCUCCUUGGUGCCACACACAAUUAAUCUUAGUACAUAAUAAAACAUUGCUUCCUCCCUGUUUUCCUUCCUAACCUAUUUUGCUUUUAGCAAUACAUUUCUUUAAAAAAUAAACUUGUUGUUUUGUUUUGUUUUUUAGCUGAAGAUUAUAAAAAAGCUUUAAAUACCCUUAAAAAUAGUCUGAAGGGUUUUCUGAGGGUCAGGUUUAAGAGUAUGAGUUUUGGGUUGCAGUUCUUACUUUCUUAUUCAAAAGACAAACUAUCCUGACAGUUGUUACACAGUUUCAUGCCUUCCCCCACUAAAUAAUCCGUGAAACACUCUCCCGUUAUCCAGGCUGUUGAUAAUGACCUUAAAAUGUUGGGAAAUGUCAGCGUGUGAUUUCCACUUCUAACAAGGAAAACGUCAAAAGCAGAAGAUGCUGGUUCUGUUGAAAAGCAUUACCUCUAGCCAAUUGUUCUGUGCGAAAGGAAGUAGGUUACAUUAUGUUGCAGUUUUAUAUCAAACUGUAUACACAAGUUCAGUACAGUUGAAGCAUGGCAUUAAUUACAGUUUAUGCCACAUGUCUCAAAAUCCUAAAUUCAAAACUUCAAAAGUUAUUUAGAAGAUGCUGGCUAAAUCCAUACGGUAUGCUUGUUCUGAAGGCAUUUGUAACCGAAGAUAGAUGGGAAGUAGAAAGACAGCCAAAAGAACACUAUACCAGGCACUUGCCAUAUAUUAGUAGUCUCUGGGAGGAUAAGACUUGCAGCUUCUUCCACCCCAGCCUUGAGUCCAAGAGCCCUAUUGGCAGAACCUGUCAUCAGCCUCCUGGGCAGGCCUGGGGUGGGGGAUGGCUUUCCAAGCUCUAAAAUAAUAAUUCCUAAGAUAGUUUACAAACUGCUUUCGCACAUGAAACAGCCCUGGGAGGAAGGUUAUUAAUAGCCCUAUCCUGAAAGAGAAAGCCGAGGCUCAGAAUCAGUAAGUGACUUGCCAAAAGCAAUAAGAGCUGGUAAGUGGCAGACCUGGGGAUGUACCCGGGUCUGGCAAGUCCAUUGUUCUCUCCGGUGGCUGCUUUCAGGGCACCAGACACCUCAGAGCAUGCUGGAUGCUCUUCACAGACCACUGGGGCCCCUGUUUGAAGGCAUCCAAGAAAUUCACAUAGAUCACCCAGCUAUCAGCUGGCAGAGGCAUAUGGGUGCUGUGGGGUUUGAGAACAUUCAAAGCAUGCAUGCAUUUUCUGUGUCCUUGUGUGGGAAACUGCUAGGCAGUUCAUCUGAUUGGCAGUGUGACGGAGCUGGUGAGGAAGGGCACCGCCAAGAACAAACACUGUUACUGAAGUACACUGCAGCAAAUUUCCCCAGAGACUCCAGUUUACUUUACAUUAACUGAAAAACUCUGGAACUGUGAGGUUCCAAAUAUCAAUGGAGGCCACACAUUUAGAAUUCAGUGGCACACAGAAGUGACUUGAUCCUUAAGACAUUUUUCUCUUAUGUGGGCAACGAUUUAUGCCCCACAGAGGCAGGAACUCCUGCAGGUAAACAAUGCUUGUUGUCCUCUCUCUCAGCUCACAUUUAUCAAGCCCCUACCAAGUGUAUGUCAUAGCAUCGGGCAUUUCCGAGCCAACCAAGCUACCUUGACCUUGAAAUGUCCGUGAAAAUAUGCUAUGGGACAGAUCGUGAUUCUGCCACUUGGCUUUUGCUGUUUGAGAGCCUGGGCUUCCCCUCCUGUUGUCAUUUUGUGUUUCCUGUGGGCUUAUCACGGGGGGGUUGGUACUGUUGUUUCCAGAAUACUUACUUGGAAGCCAGCCUGUUAUGUUCUAGAACGUGAAAUAUGGCAGUUCAACAACUGGGUAUGCCUCCUCUUGAGCAGCAUCCGUCUGGAAGCAGUGCCUUUUGAUGUGCCCUCUUGGGUUUUCAGUUCCUCUCAUUUCUCAUUGUAUUUGUUUGACUUGAAGUUAAAAUCUGUUAACUAAAAAAUAUUCUUUCUUCAUCUGAGUUAAAUCUACUACAGGGAACCUUAAAAUGAGCUUACCUAAUAUGCUUUCUAGGCAUCUUCUUUCCCGGGAGGCUUCCAUCCAUCAAAUCGGUCUCAUUAUCCUUCUGCUAAAUUCCCUGGGAUUAACGAGGGCCAAGUUAAAUAACAAGUGCCUUCUCACCCCUUUCCAAUCUGCACACCUGGGAAAUACAGGCGGUGCCGGGGGGCCAGCAGUUGAGUGGCUUUGGCUGAGAUGACAUUCAGACACCGGGAAGGAGCCUCAUUUUCCAGUGAGGUUUGAUUAAUGUUAUGAUUGGUGGAGUGGAAAAUGAUUCUUGUAAAAUCAAUGAGGUGUUCCCCCCACCCCCAUACACACACAGGAGUGGAUUAGCAGAGGAAGCAUUUUGAGAACUCUUCAGAAUUUUCUAGGUAGGUAUGCCUGAGCUGAGACUCACUUGGGUGGAACCUGUGAUGUCUUAGACAAGGAAUAAAAGGACAGUGAGGCUGUGAAUAUGAAAAAGCAUUUCUUAAAAAAAAAAAUAAAGACAGCCAUAAACUCCAGUUUAUCUUUACAUAAUGUAAAGGAAAUUAUGAACGCAUUUUUUUCUUCCUCCAUUGUACACAAUCUUACCCCUCAUAACUAGAAAAAAUACAAUUGUGUUGUCUUCAGAACACUCACCCAUGCACCUGCAUGCACACAUGUUCACACACUCACACACACUCUCUAUCUCAUACACACACACACACACACACACACACACACAUCUUCCAAGAAAGCUAAUGCUUCAAGAAGGAAAUCUUGUUUUAAAACACUUGGAUUUUUCAGGCCAAGAAACUAAUAAUUCCUAGACCUGACCCAAUUUAGUGACUGCCAAAAAAAUAAAAAAAGAAAGAGCUAUUUAAAUUUUGCUCGGAUCCAUUUAUCUCUUAGAAUAUGCCAAAGCAAUUUGAGGUGGGGGUGGAAACUAAGGUAUUUAUCUCUGCAGCUGGAGUCUCUAUGUAUCUAUCUGCUGGGAGUCCCCUAAGAACAGUUCUUGGGUGAUUAUUAUUGAUACAUUGUGUUGCUGCUUUGUCCAUUGCCCACUUUCCUUCCUACUGUUGUGUAAGAGUAAGAGUUGCCUUUUUAACUCCUUUUCCUCCAUCAUGAGGGAGUAAAUGUUAAGCCUAAAUGUCUUCCCUCACCAAAUCAUUUCACUCCAUUUCUGAACUAGUUUAGAAAGUGCAAAAGAGGGAGAGCUAGCUUUUCUUGGAUACAUUUCUUCAUUUUUCUUCUUUCUCAGGAGACAAAUAUAAAGGGAAAAAAUCCAAUUCCUUUUCAUCUCUCUUUCUCUUUGGGUGACAGUAGAUGAUCACUUAGUAAUUAUAAACUAGAAGUAGGGAGAAUAGCAUAACCAGGUUAUAAUGUAUCUGCCAACAUGUUUCAUUCCUUCAAAUUCAGACUUUGAGAGGAAAAGGGAUUUUAUCAUUUAAAUGCAAACAGUGGGAAUGGCCUCAUGUUUAACUUUGUCACCGUAAAAGGUGAGUUGCUAUUUGGGCAGUGUUUGCAUUUCAUUAACCCUGUGUGCCUUCUGCUUAGUUUUUAGAUGACUGCCAUUACAGUAACAUAUCAGGAUGAAAAUUGCCAAAAAGUGUUAAGUGCCUUGGACCUGCCUCACUAGAUAGCAAGUUGAAACUGGGGUAAACCAUGCCAGCCUUCUUAACUGAAAUGUCCGAACCAAGGCAUUGAAAAGCCAGUAGCUUAUAGUGAAGUCACUGAAAAAUCAUUUUUAAAUAACUUUCUUAUUUUAGGUACCCUUUUAUUCUCUUGGGAAAGCUGAUGAGCAAAUUAUCCAAGAAUUACUUCUUAUUAAACAAUCAGAAUAUCCCCCCCAAAAAAUCUGAAUUUGUCCUCAUUAAUUUUCAAGAAAUGUAUGAAAAAGCAAAUAGAAUUAGAGACAGCAUUGAUUGUCUGAUUAUUUAACACAAAUAAAAUUUUGCGAUUUAAUGUGCCUUAAGCGAAAUGUAAAACUUUCACAGCAGGAUUUUUUUAACUUUUACCGUGUUAUCUAUGCAAUUAAUUACUUUGCUUUUUAUUUUGUCUUUUAAACUUCACCUUUAUCAUUUGUUAAACAGACUUGGGGCUGCCUUCUUCUCUACUGGGAGCAUGUGCAGUUAUGAGAUGCACCCCCCCAAAAAAGGAAGGGAAAAGAAAGAACUUUCUGGUAGCAAAUCUGUGCCAUCAAGUAGAUGUGACACGAAGAUGCAAAGCGGGAGGAUAGUAAUUUUCUCUGAGCUGCACACACCAGCUUUUAUUUCAUGGCUUUGUCACAGGCUUUUCUCCUUCUGUGCUGUCACCUUUGAGAAAAACGAUUGCACCUUCUCCAAGUCUGCCUUUUAACAGCUACAGUUGAGUUGGCAAGACUUCCCCAGCUCUGAAUAUAGCCAUUUGCCGACUCCGGCCUCUUUGCGAGACUGACUCAAAUCUGUGAUCUUCUGUUCAGCAUACACAUCAGCAAAGUGAGAAGAUGAGCACUAAAUAUAGGCUCUAUUAACUUUACUUUUAGAUUUACUGCCUUCAAAAAGUGCCUAUUCUGAGAAACAUAGACGUUCUUCCUACAUAUGUAUGUACACACGGUACCCAGAGUCAUACCGUGCAGCCUUCAAAAACACACCAUCGAAAGGAGUAGGUGCUAAGAUAAGGAAACCUUGCCAAAUGGAAGAAAGUCACUCAUUUCCAAUAUCCCCUCCCGAGUGGCACCGUGAAACAGGCUGCAAGCACAUUUCCUGAGCAUUCCUUGCUGAUACAGCCACUUUAUAUUUUUAUCCUACUGGAUUGUGGCAUAUUGCUGAGGUUUCCUGUACUCUACUUCAAGGGAAUAGAUUAUGCUUCAUGGAAUUGGAACAUUUAGUCAGGAAAAAAAGGUUGUUUAAGAGAAUCAAUGAGCCAGGGUCUCUAUUAGGAUAUGUGUCAUAUGUGUGUUUUAUAAACUAAGCAUUGGUGAGCUUAGAAUGUCAGCACAUUGCUUCUCCUUUUAUCUCUCAGGCUCACAUCAGUGAAAACUAAAGAAAAGUCUUGGCUCUGACAAUUGGAGCCUCAGGGGGCCAAAUGCCCUUGCCAGAUCCUUAGAGCAUCUUUACUUUGACUCCUAAAAAUAGUAGCACAUGUUAUUUAUUGGCUUUCAUUUCCAUGGUUCUGUCACUGAUAUAACAACUGUAGAUAUUGUCAAUGGAGCAGCAGCUCAGCCUACAAAGUUGGAUUCUUACCCAGCUGUGGCAAGAGGAGAGGGUCCAGACCAAUAGGGCAAAGUAGACUAUGUAUGAUUUUAGGAAAAGGGUUGAAGGGAGGACGUGCUUCCAAAAAAGAUCUUUCUCAAUGUGUCGUCUGACUCAACCAGCUGGCAGAUUACACUUGCCAAGUCGCUCUCUUCCCUUAGAAGUCAGUUAGCUCCAUGUUUGCUUGAGUCUGUCUCUGCUUUGGAAAAGCAAGGUACCUCCAGUGAGCCUUUCCCCAAGGAAGCUCUUGCCAUCCUCUUGGUCACAAAGUUGUCUCCUAUCCCACCCAAUUUCACCAACAGGAAGCAAAGGGAGACAAACAAUGAAAGAUGCUCCCCAUGUCAUCGACAUGUACCAUUUUGCUUUCCAUCUGAGGGGCUCCACUACUCACACGAGGGAGGAGGGCAGAAUGGAUCAUGGUUUUAUCAUUACUGGAGUGUGUACCACCUCUCCUUGGGUGUCGUCAUUUUAUGAGAUGACUUGUCUCCCUGAAGAAAGCGAUGCUCUUCUCUGAAACUCUCUACUCUUCCUGUUCGUGUUCUUGUUAUGUUUUUACUUUAUUCAGUUUUAACACCAGUCAUUUUCUAUUUUUUUAGAGAAAAAUGUGCUAGAUAAAAGUUAAGAAAUCUCCAUGAUAUCAAAAGGGGCAUUGGAAUACCACAGAGUUUUUCCUCCUUGGAAACAAGAUAGACUGGGAAAGAGACAGCAUGGUUUUGCUCCAGGUGUCAAUCUGAUCAUGACUAUGAGAGAGUUUUAUGUAAACGUUGAGUGGUAUUUACAAAAAGAUAAAUCAAGGAAAGGGGGGGAUAAGCCAGGUUUUCUCUAUGCUAAAUGUGUCAAAGAACAAGAACUUCCUACUAAGUACGAUCAUAGUCCCCACCAUGAUCGAUACAAAUCUGAAUCACAUUUUCUGACUUAGGGAAAGUGACACAAAAAAACAUGUAGAGAAUAUGCCUUUUUUCACAUAUAUCAUACUGACAGAGCCAUGGUAUUCCCAAAAUGCAGAUUUCUCUUUUUUAUUCUUAGCAAAUUACGUCUCUCCUCUAUAUCAUGAACCGUCACUGACAAAUCCAACAUAGACCUCAUGGUUCCUUAUAAAAGUAAGAGAAUAAAAUCUGUUAUAAGCAAGUGAUUUGGGUUAUUUUCUUUUGUAUUUAUACAUUACCACCUCUAUGAAAUCAUGUUUCUAUUUACCCUCUAUCAGUUUUUUCUAUCAAUUAUGUUUUUCCAAUGCUCUAUAACAAUAAAUAUGAAAAUCAUAUUCCUUUUUUCUGUUAAAAAAUUGCAACUAUGUUAUUAUAUUUAGAAAUCCAAUAAAGUUAUUACAUUUA